AUGCCUUCUUUCCGUCCGAACAUUUCAAAUGAUCUCGAUACAAUUAUUUUUGAGUGUAAUUCAAAUUAUGAUACAAUCGUGGAAGUAACAAAGUGGUUUCUACAAAUUGCGUAUCUUAUACCAGGAGGAAUUUUGAAUAUUCUUCUACUCUAUACAAUUUUGUUCAAAAACUCUGAGAUUUACGCAUCAAGCUCUUUCUUUUUGAUAUAUUCAACUGACUGCUUUGUAAGCUUCUCGAUGAUAUUUUUGGAUAUAAUUGGCCGUACACUUGUCUAUUUUACCCCAUUAUGUCCUAUCAUUGCACCAAUGUUCUACGAACCAUUGAUCGGUUUCAAGAUUAUGAUGAUAGUGCUACAUCAUUCAAGAGCGUGUAAAUCACUAAUUCAAAUUCUACUUGUUGUAAAUCGAAUGUCGUGUGUUAUUUAUCCAAUUCGAUAUGGUAAAAUGUGGAUGAGACCGUUGAAAUAUUUGAUCAUUUUGGUAUUUGUGAUACCAUUUUCAAUUGAUUGGAAUCUUAUCAUAUCAAGAGUUUAUAUGCAGCCAACUUUUGGGGGGAUUUAUAUGGAAUACAUCAAAAAAGUUGCAUGGGCAAGUCAAUCUCGUUUCCAACUAAUUUUCAUCACAAUUGCUCUACUCUUCACAAUUGUCUGCACAUCUGUCAUUUUCUAUACACUUGUUAUGCUUCCCAAAAGGCUACGAAAUGUAGAAAGAACGUUGUCAUUAGGAACUGCGUACAUUUCAAUGAGCUUUAUCAUUCUUGUUGUAUUUCAGUUUCUCUUCGCAUUUUAUAGUGACAUUUUCACAACUAGCACUAUAUUCGGAUACUCUCUCCUUUCAUACGACAUUUUAAAUGUUGGAUCUCCUAUAAUCAUGCAUUGUGUGAGUUCAAAGCUACGUAAUCAUGUUCUCCGUGGAAGCCGAAAACUGUCAAGUGCAGCUCGCGUUGUUCCAGUUUCAAAUGUAACAUCUACCAAUGGGUGGGUCAAUUUAAUCGUAAUUACGCUUUAA